GCACUCACACACUCUUUCACAAAACACACAGAGAGACUCCUCGGAAGGAAGAAAAAAGGCUCCGACCUCGAACCCCAACCCCGAUUUCCGAACGGCGGUGACUGACACGAAAUCCCGAAUUCCUCGAAGCAUUUUCUGCGGUCCUGGUUUUUCGCAUGUGAGCUGAAACUUGAAGUGAAUUCAAUUCAGGCAAAGGAGCUGUUCGGCCGGAAAAGGUCAAGUCUUGAUCGGAGCUGCUGCUGGUUGAGCAAAGGUUUGGAUUUUGACGACGGUGAAUGUGCCUCCGAUCUUAUGCUGGAGGCACUAAAGAUUUUCCAAAGCCUGUGCACGGAUCUGUGAACAAUUUGGCCGAGGAGAGAUUAUAUCAAUUCCGUUAAUCGGGGAAAUUUCCGGACUUGAUUUUCUGUCCGUGCAGAAAAUUAUGGAGCUGCCACAGCCCCGUCCGUUUGGAGGCGAAGUUAUUCUACAGGAGGAAGAAAACCAACGCAUGACUUUCUGUCGUUGUACACUAGUCAUUCAACUGCCCAACAAGAUCCAAUACCACCUUCUCAAGGAGGUUAUCUUGAAACUCAUGAUUUUCUACAACCACUUGAACGAAUGGGAAUGGGAAAGACCUGUGCCAAAGAAGAAACCUCGGUUGAGAUCAUAUCACCAAGUAGAAGUAGUGUUGAAAAGCCGCCAACUUCUGUGGAGCACAUUCUUCCCGGUGGGAUUGGGACUUACAGUAUAAGCCACAUUUCGUAUUUUAAUCAAAGGGUUCCAAAACCAGAGGAAAACGUAUUCCCGGUUGCUCCUCAAGCAAGUAGUACCCAUGAAAGGAAUGAUGAAAACUCAAACUGCAGCUCUUAUGCCGGAAGUGGUUUCACUUUGUGGGACGAAUCUGCAGCAAUGAAGGGAAAGACAGGGAAGGAGAAUGUGGUGGAAAGACCAGGUUUAAGAGGGCAAUGGACGUCGUCAGAGAGGCCAUCACAGUCAUCUUCCACUAACAACCGCAACUGCUUCAGCUCUCAGUCAUCUGGGCAGAAGAACCUGAGCUUCAUGGAGAUGAUGAAGUCCGCUGCCAAGGGUUGCACCCAGGAAGAAGAACUUGACGAUGAGGAAGAGUUUGCUCUGAAAAAGGAGAUGUCCACUACUACUACCACUGCCACUACCCCCUACAACGGAGAAUUACGGGUUAAGGUUGAUGUUAAGAGCUCUGAUCAGAAAGCUAACACGCCACGAUCCAAACAUUCUGCCACUGAACAACGAAGGAGGAGUAAAAUAAAUGACAGAUUCCAAAUGUUGAGAGAGCUCAUUCCUCAUAGUGAUCAAAAGAGGGACAAGGCAUCAUUUCUAUUAGAGGUUAUCGAAUACAUUCAGUAUUUACAGGAAAAAGUAACCAAGUAUGAGGCUCCAUACCAAGGUUGGAACCAUGAUCCAGCAAAAUUGAUGCCUUGGGGAAACAACAAGCUUGGGGAAAGUUACUGUGAUCAAUCUCGAAGUAUGAAUGGUGGAUCUGGUCCUGCAUUAGUGUUUGCUGCCUCAAAAUUUGAGGAGAAAACUACUUCAGUGUCUCCUACUAUUCCUGGAAGUGCUCAGAACCUGGUAGAAUCUGAUACGAGUACUGAAACUACAUUCAGAGCUAAGGAUUACCCCAAUGGAAUAACAAACAAGGCAAAUCCCUUUCCUCUGUCAAUGCAGUCGAACUUCUCGACACCUGUCAGAAGUGGUAGUGCAACACCUCAUCUUCCACCUAGAUUGCCAUCUGAUGCAGAGAACACAUCAUCUCAUCCUCGCUCCAUGUUAUUCCCGACAAAAUCAUGUACUGCUGAGGCUGGUGCCAUUAGUGAUAAGCUAAAAGAACAUGAACUUACAAUUGAAGGUGGAAGAAUUAACAUCUCAAGUGCGUACUCUCAAGGGUUAUUAAAUACUCUUACACAAGCCCUGCAGAAUUCUGGUGUGGAUUUGUCACAGGCCAGCAUCUCGGUGCAAAUCGAGCUUGGGAAGCAAGCGUGUAGUAGAACGGCUAUACCCAAAUCCAUUGUCAAGGAAAAUGAGAUUCCCUCUAUGACUCCAGGGAAAAAGCACCCUAGAAUUUCAGUUGGUGAAGACUCAGAACAAGCCCAAAAGAAGCUCAGGACAGGCAGACACUAAUAUGACAAGUCUAAAAUUAUAUUAUUAUUAGUCUUAUAUAAUUAAUUCAUUUUUUGGGAGCCCCCUUCGAUUUGAGUAAAGGGGUGUUUACUCAAGUCAUCUGCUGGAUUAUAACCUACCCAGUGGGGACUGAGAUUGAUUGUAAAUGUAGAGUCUUACUCUUACAGUUAGAAUUUCUUGGGAUCCAUAUAUAUAUUUCCCAACUCAAUAUCAUUCUGUUGUUGUUCAUCGUUAUUGAGAAGCUGCUUUUUCUGUUUAAGGCUUCCUUCCUGGUGUAAAGUUUCUUGCACUUCUAUUAUUAUUAAUGAUAAACUUCUACACUAUUAUUU